AUGGAUAGCUUUCACAAGCCGAGUGCUUUAAGUUUUGACGGAAAUACAUCAGAAAAUUGGAGACGAUUUAAGCAGCAGUUUCAGAUAUAUUUAGUCGCGUCGGGAAGCGAAGACAAAGACGACCCGAUUAAAAUAGCCAUAUUGUUAAAUUUUGCCGGCGAAGAUGCUAUAGAAGUUUUCAAUACUUUCGAGUUUUCUGCUGGCGAUGAUAAGAAAUUGGAUAAGGUUAUCGAACAGUUUGAAAGGUAUUGUAACCCCAGAAAAAAUGUAGUCUUCGAGAGAUACCAGUUCUGGAAAAUUACGCAGAGAGAUUCAGAGACGGUUGACCAAUUUGUCACAAGAUUAAAGAACAAAGUAAAAUCGUGCGAAUAUACAUCGGUUGACGAUAUGGUAAGGGACAAGUUUGUGUUUAGUAUACAAGACUUAACUGUGAAAGAAAGAUUGUUAAGAGAAGAGAAACUUACACUGGAAAAAGCUAUAAGUAUGGCUAGAGCAGCCGAAGCGUCGAAGGAACAGAUUAAAGUCAUGAAUGCUAGGGCGCAGUCGAGCGAAGCAAAUCAGUCGGUAAAUGUUCUUCGAUAUGACGCCAAUCAAGGAAAAGGGCAGAUAGGUAGCCGCCGUGAAAAAAGUCAAAGAAAAGUGUGGAUUCUGUGGUAUGGUUCACGCAUUAAGAUCUUGCCCGGCAUUCGGCAAAACAUGCAACUAUUGUAAGAAGACAGGACAUUUUGAGCGUGUGUGUCGAGCGAAGCAACGACAACGUGACUCUAGACCGAGAGAAGUGAAUGUCUUGGGGGAAUUCGAAGACGGCGAAGUUAGCGAGGAUGAUUUAUUGACAUUUUCAGUAGAGUCAAAUAACGAGGGCAGCUCAAAGAAUGACUGGCAUGUCCAGCUUAAGUUUGGAAAAACGGAUUUGAAUUUCAAAUUAGAUACGGGGGCAGAUUGUAAUGUGAUUUCGCAAUCGUCGUUUGAGCAAUUGUCACUAACAAAUACAAGAAUUUUCAAAAAUAAGAGCAAGUUGAAGAUGUUCGAUGGCCGUAAGAUAACUCCGAAAGGAAAAGUCAGCUUAGAGUGCGAGUAUAAAGGCAAAUUUACCGUGUUAGACUUUGUACUAGUUGAACAAGAUCUACCAUCGAUUUUAGGAUUAAAAUCCUGUCUAGAACUCGGGUUGGUAAAGCGAGUUUAUAGCUUGGAAGUGGACCCACCGAAGAUCGAAACAGAAUUCAGUGACGUUUUCGAAGGUCUGGGAGAGAUUAAAGAUGUUCAGUACCAGAUUAAGAUCGAUCCGGUGUCCAUUCCAGUGGUGCAUCCUCCUCGAAGAGUUCCUAUGGCCCUCCGAAAGCCACUAGAAGAAGAGUUGCGUCGAAUGGAGAAGUUGGGGGUUAUUGAGAAAAAGAAUGAACCCACCGCUUGGGUACAUAGUUUAGUCAUCGCCAGAAAAGCAAAUAAUAAAAUUCGAGUCUGCAUGGAUCCUAGCGAUUUAAAUAAAGUGGUUAUGCGAGAGCAUUUUCCUAUGCAGACCGUUGAAGAAGUUGUCAGCAGAAUGCCCAAUGCCAAAGUGUUUAGUGUUCUUGAUGCCAACCAUGGUUUCUGGCAGGUGAAAUUGGCCAAUGAAAGCAGUAACUUAGCCACGUUUAAUACUCCAUUUGGAAGGUAUAGUUAUAAACGAUUACCGUUUGGAAUAGCUUCUGCUCCGGAAGUAUUUCAGAGUAUUAUGUCGAAUAUGUUUUCAGAUAUAGAAGGAGUCGAAGUUAUCGUGGACGAUUUGGUGGUCUGGGGAGAAGACGUGACGAAACAUGACGAACGACUUCGUUUGGUCUUAGAACGCUGUCGAGAUAAAAACCUUAAGUUGAAUCCAGAGAAGUGUCGAUUUCGUGUCCCCGAAGUAAGUUAUGUUGGCCAUGUUUUGAGUUCAGAUGGACUGAAACCAGACCCCCGGAAAAUUGAAGUGAUUAAGGAGAUGCCGCAGCCUACAAAUUGCGAAGAGUUGAAGAGAUUUUUGGGCAUUGUUACGUAUGUUGCCAAGUUCAUUCCAAAUAUGGCACAGAUAACAGCUCCACUACGUCAGUUGCUGGAGAAAAAUGUCGAAUGGGUUUGGGAUCAAGAGCAAAGACAAGCGUUUACAACUUUAAAGGCAGCGAUUGUCGAUCCACCAGUCCUCAAAUUCUUUGAUCAGAAACAAUCCGUGUGCUUGUCGGUUGAUGCCAGCUCGAAAGGUAUGGGUGCAGUGCUUCUUCAAAAUGAUCGUCCAGUAGCGUAUGCGUCGAAAGCGUUAACUUCAUGUCAGCAGAACUACUCACAGAUUGAAAAAGAAAUGCUUGCAAUAGUUUAUGGUUGUGAGCAUUUCCAUCAAUACCUAUACGGGCAACGCGAAGUAAUCGUGGAAAGUGACCAUAAACCGUUAGAAGCAAUACUAAAGAAAUCCAUCCAUCAAGCUCCGCUUAGAUUGCAGAGAAUGAUACUUAGACUUAAACCUUAUGCGAUUAAAGUGAAAUAUACGCCUGGGAGUCAGUUGUUGAUAGCAGAUGCUCUUUCUAGAUCACAGAUGUCUGCACAGAUAAACGAUCCAUCAGAUGAAUUUGAAGUCAAUGUUCUGGAAUCGGGUCAGAUGUCUGAGACUAUGUUUGAGAAGUUGGUUGAGGAGACCAAGAAGGAUGCUGAACUUCAGCAGUUGCACAGAGUAGUCAUGGAUGGUUGGCCACAGACAAAGCCUGAAACGCCCUUAGAAAUUCGACCUUAUUGGAGUUACAGAGAUGAAAUAAGCGGUUAUGAUGGCUUGAUGUUUAAAGGAGAUCGUGUAAUUGUUCCACAUGUUCUUAGACCAGAAAUGCUGGAUCGGAUACAUGCAGCUCAUUUGGGAAUCGAGAAGUGUAAAGCACGGGCGAGAGGUUCAGUGUUCUGGCCUGGAAUGAAUAGUGCAAUUGAUGAAAUGGUGUCAGAAUGCAGAACAUGUUUACAAUUUCAGCGAAGGAAUCAGAGGGAGCCGUUGAUGCCGCAGGAAAUUCCAGAGAGGCCGUGGUCAACCGUUGCAGCGGACAUAUUUUAUUAUAAAGGAAGAGACUAUUUAUUGGUAGUCGAUUAUUUCUCGAAGUAUCCUGAAGUAACAAGGAUAAAUCACAAGAAUAGUGAAGCCGUCAUCUUGGCAAUGAAAGAAAUGUUUGCCCGUCAUGGCAUUCCAGAAAAAAUUAUAGCUGAUAAUAUGCCUUUCAACAGCCUUAGAUUUAGAGACUUUGCUAGAGAGUGGGAAAUUGAGGUGGUGACAAGCAGCCCACACUAUCCGCGUUCAAAUGGGCUCGUGGAAAGAAACGUUCAGACAAUUAAGCGUCUGUUGAAAAAAUCAAAUGAUUCGAAACAAGAUGCAUUUUUAGCCUUGUUGGAGUUCCGUAAUUCUCCAAUUAGUGGUAUGGAACAAUCGCCUGCAGAACUGUUGAUGAGUAGAAAAUUGAGAGCUAAGUUACCAAUUCCUAAGCAUCUUCUUAAACCUAAGUCACAGCCAAUCAACGAUGUUCGCCAGAGAUUGAGAGUACGUCAGUUGCGUCAGAAAGCAGCAUAUGAUCAGGGAACGAAACAGUUAUCCAGUUUACAACCAAACGAGUCGGUGAGGAUUCGACAGGGAGGCGUAUGGAAUCCAGCCGUGGUCGUUGAACAACAUAAAUCACCUCGUUCGUACAUUGUGGCAACUUCAAAUGGAACUCAGUUACGCAGAAAUCGCCAGCAUCUAAUGCCAACUAACGAACCACAAAUGAUUAUUACACCACCAAUGGAACCUGUCGGCGAAGAAGAACGUUGUUCAGGUAUAGCUCCGAGUACCGUACGUUCACCAGUUCGUUCUCCAGUUAUAUUCCCGAGUACAGAAAUAAAGGAAGAACACGUACGAACACCAUUGAGAAGAAGUACAAGAGUUCGAAGGGCACCUUCCCGAUUGAUUGAGAACAUCUAG